AUGACAUCAGCACAAGAUGACAAAACCCCAAUCGAGUAUCCUACAACCUUGCCAUCUGUUAUCAAACGCCAGACCUCCGCACGCGCGCCAAACAUACCCAGGUACACCCUGACAAACAUCGGGUUCAAGAAUUCAAAAAGCGAAGGCAUCAAAGCAACCAUGAACGCGCAAAGCAAAAUGUCCUCCGAGUCCCCAGGCGACACCCGAAUGCCCGCGACCGGGUCAGAGCCAGAAUCAAGCCCUAAAGCUGAACACUCGCACGCCGACACGGGCACCGGCAUCAAACUGGGCGCGACGAGCGUUGCGGACGACGAAGAGGACGAUUGGGAGGAGCAUGAGAACCCGCAUCUGCCGCCGUUGAGGGAGUAUCUUAAGAUGACGGAAGAGAGGAAGAAUGUUUAG